AUGUCCGGCGGCUCUAUGCAAAAGACAUUUCAAGAAGCAAUGCGACAACGACGUACCAGUUUACCGGCCAACAGUUUGACAUUCGGAAAAGCUCAGAUCGUCCAGACCUCUAAUGUAUCGGAGGCUCGGGGUCUUGUUGUCGACAUGUUGGCAAAUCGUGACCUUCCGCCAAAUGUCGCCUCCUGCCUUCGUGCGGUCGCCUCUCUUCUGAAUCCCCACACGCCACUUUCCAUCCAUGCCAUCAACGAUUUCGGGCUUCCAUGCGUCGUGCAGAAUCCAUACAGCGGCGAGCAGCUGAUCGUAUCAAAUUUUCAUGUUUCAAUGUCCGAGGCUUUCUCAGCGGCUGCUUGUGCGGCAGCCAUGAAACAAACAGCAGUUCAAGCCAUGUGUCUGCUUAGUCAGACUUAA